UAUAAUAAUAUAUUGUAUUGAGUUGAACAUUUUCUAUAAAUAUAUUAUACUAUUAUUAUUACUGCUGCAUAUUUAUAGUGAUUAUAAUUCAUAAUGUAGAGUAAUGGAAAAAUGGAAAAUACAAUAUUUGAUUUCGCGCCUUUUUACCGAGACCGGAUGACGUAUCAUCAUGCGCAGUAAGCAGUUGCUGUCAUACCAUGUUAUUUAGCCAUGGUACAAAUACUACAAAUAUAGUUUUCGCGUUCAGGAUCCUGUAAUAGGUUAUGCAUAAAGUUAAUCAUGUAGCGCUAAGAGCAGCGGUCACAGCUAUAGGGCUAUCAGAAUUUGAUUCAAAGACAUCUCAUUGAAGAAUAAUAUUUUCCCAUUUCAACUCAUUAAUUUGAACAACUAUAAUAAAUUAGCAGAUCCGUGUAGUCAUAUUCGACACAUUUAACUCCUCACCUAAUAAAUAAACUUUUGAAAAGAACUUUCUACUAUGGUUUAUUGGUUAUGUUAGAUUUUAAGCUUUCCAGAUGUCAGAAAAUAUUUACCAUAUAAUUAUUCAAACUAAAGUAGACGAGAAGACUUAUUUAUCUUAGCACCUUUGUCUGAUAUAGAAGAAGUCGAUAUACUCUCCAGUCACCACUAUUAUAAAUCGAUUGCUUUAGUAUCUUUACAGCGUAUUUUCCAGUUAAGAAUCGACAUUAUUCGACACAAUCAUACAAAUAUGAGACGAAAAUGAUAACUCAAACAAACCACGAUGAACAGAUUGUGGAAACUUUAAAGUCUCAAAGUUUAAAUGAAAAUGCCGAUCGUGUAAUAAAAUGGAACACAUUUAAGAAGUCGCGUUUACCGAUUUUACCAUGGUAUUUCAAAGAUGGGACUGAAAUGCCUAAUAAAGCAGAAGUGGACCCUAUAACAGAAGUUAGAAUUUCACGGCUAUGGCCUGAAGAAAAUAAAGACAAUGAUCGUGUAGAAGAACAACUAAUGUUUAUACCGCCCAAUUAUCAAGAUGAAAAUGCGCCAAUCAAAAAGAUUUUACUAUUCAGCGGUAUAGAAAACUGGAUGGUAGAUGAAGGGCAAAGUGAAUUUCUUUCAAAUGAUUGUCCGGUGAAUAGAUGCAUAAUUUCAAAAAAUAUAAGACACUUUCCUUCGAUGGAUGUAAUUAUAUUUCGAGAGGAGUUCUUUGAUCCGUACAUUGAAACCGGACUUAAAAGAUCCAGUAAACAAAUAUGGAUUUUCUUCUUUCUACAGUCAGCAUACUAUGCAGGAUUUAAUAUAGGAAAUGAUUUGAUUAACUGGACAGCUACAUAUCGACACGACAGUGAUAUUGUCAUACCAUAUGCACGAUGGGCAUAUUUCAAUCCUUCAGUGACUCAAGUUAAACAGUUAAAUAGGAAUUAUUCUCUAAACAAAACGAAACAAGUGACGAUGAUAGUUUCUAAUUGUAAUACUGAUAACAAAAGAUUAUUAUAUGCCAAAGAAUUGGGAAAAUAUAUAUCUGUUGAUAUAUAUGGUGAUUGCGAAGGAUUGAAAAAUACCAAAUUUGAUAACUUUUUACAAAUAUUAGAACAGGAUUAUAAAUUCUAUUUGGCAUUUGAAAAUUCAAAUUGUAUUGAUUAUGUAACCGAAAAAUUUUUUAUUGACGGACUUAAGUACAACGUCCUGCCAGUCGUGAUGGGAGGGCGCCGAGAGGACUACGAGCGGAUAGCGCCUAGGCAUUCAUACGUGCACGUAGACGACUACGAGUCACCGGAACAGCUGGCCGAUUACCUGCGGCGAUUGGAUGCCGACGACGAGUUGUACAACGAGUACUUCCGGUGGAAAGGCACCGGCGAGUUUAUCGACACAAAGUUCUUCUGUCGGCUAUGCGCAAUGCUGCACGACGACGACGCGCCGAUCAAGAGUUAUCGAAACUUGGACCACUGGUGGCGAGGUCCGGGCGUGUGCGACCAUUCGACGAAGUGGCUAACGAAACCGCGGCCAGUCGAAUAACCAGUGUUCGGGUGACCAAAGUUUAAAAUCCGCGUUGGCAGUUUAGAAGGGUUUUUGAGAUUUUUUUAUCAUAUCACUCUACUCCUACGUCACAACCAUAUCACCGUCACUACGAGCAAGCUCUGGAUAUAUCAUGCAUUCUUAUGCGUAGGAUAUCACGGUUAGAAGCAACUUUAGCAUAUUUUUUUCAAAGAGAUAGAAUUAUAUUAUCAAUAUUAUGUUAUACUUAUACAUAUAACAUAAUACGUUACUACUUACUAAUAAAAAGUAUAAAGUAUUAAAAACAGGCGUGUUGCAGUUCCAGUUUUUCAGUUUUUUAUGCCAAUGGUGUCAAAAUUAUUACAGUUCAUUUUUAAAUCGUAGUUUUAAGUUAUAGUAUAAACAGCAACAGAGUGUAAGUAUGCAGACAAUAGAGUAUAAAAGGCAAGUUACUAGAAAUGCGCUUUAUCUAUAAGUUGUUCUUUUUUCAAUGUUUACGUUUUCUUAAAAAAAAUUGUAAAAAAUAUAUGAUUAUUGUUCAUUAAACUUAUUAUUAUUUUAUAUAAUGUAAAUAUUCAUAAUAUAUAUCAUAUGU